AUGCCCAUCAUACGGUCCUCCUCACUGAGUCGCCGCAAACUGUUGCGUCUGGCAAGGCUGCUGUCGCUGUUGGCGUCUCAGAGCACCUACACGGCCGACGGCUCGGCUCUGGCGAUGCUGUUUCUGCCGAAACAGCAUCACGACGCUCUGGCCCUGCAAAAGCCGUCUCCCGACGACGACCGCCUGAUCAAGUUGCUCUUGAAACAGUACAAGAAGCUCGAGCUUGCCUUGUCGAAGUUCAGCUCCAAGCACAACUCCGUGACAAAGGCCAACUUGCUUAGAACCGUGUUGCUCCCGUUUCUUCGCCUGCACCCGCCUUUAGAAUCAACCUUUCUGCCGUCCCUGAAGCUCUACGCCAGUUUUUGCUCCGUUUCAACGUCUAUCUUGGGCAAGUGGUGGCGCCUGUUGCUUCUGGCCUUGGUGUCUCAGAACCAGACCUCCCCGGUGUCUGCUCUGGACAGAAAUGCCUACUUAGAGUGCAUAUCUCGCAUCAUGGCUUUACGAGAAUGGGUAUCUGCCGAUUCUGAGGCUCUGGCGGUGUUCUCUUCGUGUCUAGCGGAUACGCUAGAUUUCUGUGUGCGCCGGGUGCAAUCGUUGAAGAUCGUGCCCAUUUCUAUGUGUGCAUUUGUGGGCAAGGUUUUCGCAUAUGCUUUUUUCAACUUGCCCCAUGUUUGCAAUGCCUUGUUGUUUUUGCUCAAUGUCAAGCAGGCUCUGGUGCUGGCGUUGGUGUCGUACUGUGAAGAGCCUUCUACAAGUGAGGUAGCGGACGCAAAGGCCGCAUUCCCCAAACACCUAUCGCAUCUCAUCGCUUUUAAGGGCCUAGAUAAUGUUCCCAAGGCGAAGCAGGGGGUAAUCAACUCGAUCCCACCGCCGUCUCAUCCCGUCAAGGGCAUUCGUGACCCUAGCGGCGUCUGGGUACGUAAAUGGUCUUGUUCAGAUAGCGAUAUCUUCAAUUCUUUUUUUCGUCAUUACAUCAGCCUUGCCGAUAUGUUCUUGGCCAAUGCCAACCGCAACAGGGAGGUGUUGCCUGCGGUGCUUCCUGGUUUCUAUAUCAUUGCAACUCACGUUUAUCAGGUUUUUGAGUACUCCAUCAACAGAAUAGUUCACAACAUGAGGAAUCCAGAAAUUCCAGCGGGAACCGUUCCUCCUGUGUCUGCUCAAAGUCCAUCGAAGCCAUCAUCCCCGCCACGAACAAAUAAACUGCCAGCAUCUCCGGCAACAGCGGGGCCUGUUCCUCAGCUGUCCAACUCGUAUCCGUUCAAAUCGAACGAUACAAAUUAUACUUGCAUUUCAAAGAUUCUCAAAACCACCAGAGAUAUCAGUUUCUCCUCCAUUCCAUUCGCAAACAAUCUCACCCGCUUUAUAGACUCGAUGUUUGUGAAUAUUGCUCGCUCCACCAGUAUUUAUGACUGCAACCGAAACGGGCUCAUUCUCAGUCUAGUUCAUGUGCAUUCAACCCAUGUUUUUGACACGAGUAAUAUUGACUGGGAUUUUUGGUUAGGCUGUGUCUAUCUCAUGCUCUCCGAGACCCACCAUCUUCAAAUCACACAAAGAAGCAUGGCAUUCUUGUUCAACGUCUGGGACAGGAUCCCUGACCAAUUGUGCAAAGUGGAAGUGCCGCAAUCGAUUCUGUAUUUGAAGGGCUGGCUCAGGGACCCGCUGGAGAGCAUCAAGAUGAACUUUUCAAACUGGUUGACCUCAACAGAAGUAUGGAUGAAAUUCUUUUUACAUUGGAACCCCAUAGUCAGAUCUUAUUUCUUGCGGCUUUUGGUUUGGAGAGUCAUUGGCAUAAACAACUAUGAGUCUUCAUCUUCGAUUCAAACUACGCGAAGAAGUAAGGUGAAGCUCGAUGGCAUGUUCGAUGCCUUGAAGCAAAAGAAGAAUCUCCUAACUCCGGAGUUGAACUUGUCUCCGGACAGCCCAAUGGUAAAUCGAAAGUUUGGGAUUUUGCCUUUGAACCCUGCUCUGACUUACUUGGGCCCCGAUGACAUUGCAACUAGUUACUUGACAGGAAAUGCAACAAGAACUAGUGACCUCAGAAAGACGCAUCCAUAUGAAGUGUUCGAUGAAGCCAUUUACUCUUGCACAUCUUUACCCAGCUCUCCAGCUCAGCAGAAUGGAAAGAUAAGUCCAGCUAUGACCCCACUCGGGAAGGCGCAAAAGAACGGGUCAUUAAUUAAUUCCUUAAGCAAGUUCUUCAAAGGCUUAUCUACGGAAGACAAAGGCUCGAACAUGGGAUUGCAGCCUCCACAAACUUUUGCUGAAAGAAAACCGCCAACGCAUAUGAAACGCAAUUCUCGGUCAUUCAGCUCGUUAACCAGUUCUCCAAGAAUCCCAUCGAGAAACUCAAGUCCCAGUCUAGCAUCGCAUCGUUCAGUGUCUACAGACUCUUCUGUUACAUCGGACUCUGAGUCGUCCAUGUCUGACUUCAUUGCGUCAUCUAGCUCAUCGUUUUCAUCGAGAUCCUCAAAGCAUACUCAACCGCCAGAGCUUUUGAAAGUGCCUCCAGAAAUUGUUCGUCCAAUAUUUAAAUUCGAUAUUAUUAUCGAUAAUGAGGUAUUGGCUCAUAAGUUCACUCAAAUGCAAAAGGCAAACGCUUCAGAUAUUAGUGGAAAGUUCUACAUGCAAGGACAAAACUACUUGCCUUCAUCGUUACCGAAGGCAGUCAAGGUCCCAUCUGUUUCUGUCUUUCUCAAUUCAGAUAUCUACAACCCUUUUUACAUAAGCACCGACAACUACCUUAUUGAUGAGGAGAUCUUUGACGAAGGAGAAGAGAGUGAAAAGAAGCACUUCGUCAAGGAGAUCACCCACUGGUGCACCAACAAAGCGUCAUUGCAGUGUUUGGGUAAAGCUAUCAAUGAGUGGAAUCUGAUUGUUGAAGAAUUUGAGCGCUUUUUGUUCCACACCAUCGAGGCUGAUCAAGCUAACUACAUGGCCACAAUGUCAUCAAUACCUGGCGAGGAUGUUGAAGGAUCUCCCAAGAAAAAGGAAAUCAACGAGGAGGAGUACUUCCAACGACUUGUUCCGUUCCUCCCGAUUGACAGUUUCACGGAGCUCAAGCUACUCAAUGCGUCAUAA